AUGGGUCAGCAUAGCCGCCGCGAGUCCUAUCCUUCCGUCUCGUCAUCGCGUAUCGACUUCCUCCAACGCCGUCUCGAUACAGUCACCGAGGACGAUCUAGAAUGGCCGUUCGAGAAGUUGGACGGGUUGAACGCUGAGGAUGUGAGGGAAACAGCGUACGAGAUUUUUUUCACGUCAUGCCGAUCAACGCCGGGGUUCGGUGGACGUCACGCGCUGACGUUUCAUUCGAAUCACGAGAAUAAUGGAGGAAACGGGGAUGGUGGAAAAUUGAACCAGGUGGUGACGAAGCCGACGAGUAGGGUGAAGAGAGCGCUUGGUUUAAGGCUUAUUAAGAGAUCGCCGUCGAAGAGAAUGAAUAGCGGAGGUGUUUCUUCAUUGCCGUCGUCUCCGGUCGGUGGAGCUGCUAGUCCUCUUUCAAACACGGUGCCUCCUUUUAGGCCGCGACGACCAAUGACCGCCGCGGAGAUAAUGAGACAGCAGAUGAGGGUGACGGAACAUGAUGAUAAUAAGUUGCGCAAGACCCUUAUGAGAACCGUUGUUGGUCAAGUGGGAAAGAGAGCAGAAACUAUAAUUCUACCAUUGGAACUGCUUCGACACCUAAAGCCAUCAGAAUUCAGUGAUUCAAAUGAGUAUCAUAUGUGGCAAAAGAGACAGCUCAAAAUCCUUGAAGCAGGACUCCUCUUAAACCCAUCACUCCCUUUAGAAAACAACAACACAUUUGCCUUGCGUCUUCGAGACAUCAUAGACAGCGGUGAGUCCAAACCGAUAGACAUUGGCAAAAACUCAGACACAAUGAGAACUCUUUGUAAUUCUGUUGUUUCUUUGUCAUGGAGAAGUAACAACGGUACUCCCACUGAUGUUUGUCACUGGGCUGAUGGAUUCCCUUUCAAUAUUCACCUCUAUACUGCUCUUCUUCACUCGAUUUUUGAUAUUCGGGAUGAAACAUUAGUCCUUGAUGAAGUUGAUGAGCUUCUUGAACUCAUGAAGAAAACAUGGUCGACAUUAGGGAUCACGUUGCCUAUUCAUAACAUAUGCUUCACUUGGGUUCUGUUUCAGCAGUAUAUAGCUACCGGACAGAUUGAACUUGAUCUUCUUUCUGCAUCGUAUGUUAUGUUGAAUGAGGUUGCAAAUGAUGCUAAGAGGGAGAAGGAGUCUUUGUAUGUUAAGAUUCUUUCCUCGGUGUUGAAUUCGAUGCAGGGUUGGGCUGAGAAGAGGUUGCUUAAUUAUCAUGAAUAUUUCCAAAGAGGGAAUGCUUCUCAAAUCGAACACCUUGUUCCUGUCGCAUUGUUGGCCUCGAAGAUUUCAGGAGAAGAUCUUACAAUAACAGAUGGAGAAAAGGGUGAGAGAAGAGACAUUACCAUUGUGGAUUCAUCCGGUGACCGUGUUGAUAACUAUAUCCGUUCUUCCAUGAAAAACGCAUUUGAAAAGGUAUUGGAGACAGUGAAUGCCAAAUACAAUGAAUAUGAAAGAAAUAAAGAAUUGAGUGAACUUCUGCUACAAUUAGCCCUCGAGACCGAAGUCUUGGUGAUGAAAGAAAGGCAACAUUUCAGUCCAAUACUAAGGAAAUGGCAUCCAACAUCAAGUGCAGUUGCAGCAAUGAUGUUGCACACAUGCUAUGGCCAAGUUCUGAGGCAGUAUGUAGGUGAAGUGACCUCAUUGACAUCUGAAUCAGUUCAAGUAUUGCAAAGGGCUGGCAAGCUAGAAAAACUAAUUGUCCAAAUAGUUGUUGAAGAUUCUAAUGAUUGCGAUGACGGUGGAAAAACCAUUGUGAGACAGAUGGCUCCAUUUGACGUUGAUUCAGUCAUGUUAAGUCUUCUUGGAAAAUGGAUUGAUGAUUCACUCAAUAAAGGCAAAGAGAGUUUGCAAAGGGCAAAAGAGACUGAAACAUGGAAUCCAAAGUCUAAAACAGAACUCUAUGCACAAUCAGCUUAUGAGCUAAUGCAAUUGGCCGCGACCACCGUGGAUGAAUUCUUCCAAGUUCCAAUACCAAUUACAGAAGAUUUAGUUCAAGAUCUUGUUGAUGGAUUGGAAAAUCUCUUCAUGGACUACAUGAAAUUUGUUGCAGCUUGUGGUUCAAAACAAAGUUACAUUCCUUUACUUCCUCCAUUAACAAGGUGCAAUCGGGACUCGAAAUUCAUCAAGAUGUGGAGGAGAGCUUCUCCAUGCGGCGCUGGUUUUGAGGAUACAUAUCAAAUUAACGGAGCAAACGAAGGUCACAAUCCUCGUCCUUCAACUAGCCGAGGAACACAGCGUCUCUAUGUUCGUCUCAACACCUUGCAUUAUCUCCUCAGUUCCAUCCACUCCCUUGAAAAAUCGAUUUCAACAAACCCCGGUGUUGUACCUUCUAACCGCCUUCGUUUUGCAAAUAACCGAAGGACACAAACCAGCAACGCUUCCUAUUUUGAAACCAUUAACAUGUCUAUUCUAGCAUCAUGCCAAAAUGUCUCGGAAGUUGCCGCAUACCGUCUUGUAUUCCUUGACUCAAGUUCUGUCUUCUACGACAGGCUCUACGUCGGCGGCGUAACAAGGGGGCACAUUAGGCCUGUGUUGAGAAUCCUGAAACAGAAUGUGAUACUGAUGUCAACUAUUCUAACAGAUAGAGCUCAACCAUUGGCAAUGAAGGAAGUAAUGAAGUCUUCUUUCGACGCAUUCCUUAUGGUUUUGCUUGCCGGUGGAAGCACAAGGGUGUUUCACAGAUACGAUCACGACGCACUCCAAGAGGAUUUCAUGAACCUGAAGAGAGUUUUCAGCAACAAUGUGGAAGGUUUGAUAGGCGAGAACGUUGUGGAUGCAGAGGCUGCAGUGGUGGAAGGAGUAAUUGCAUUGAUGGGACAAAGUACUGAACAGUUGAUAGAAGAUUUCAGCAUUGUGACAUGUGAAUCAAGUGGGAUAGGUGUGAUGGGAAAUGGACAAAAGUUACCAAUGCCUCCUACUACAUGCAAGUGGAAUAGAGCAGAUCCUAAUACAAUAUUGAGGGUAUUGUGCUAUAGAAAUGAUAGUUCUGCAAACCAGUUCUUGAAGAGAACAUUUCAGUUAGCUAAGAGAAGUUAA